AUGACAGACGAAGACCAUGUUCAAACAGCGCCUCACUCCGCGGUGGUCCUGGCGCGGCAGCCAAAGAGGUGGUACCGCAACGGCGACGUGCUGUAUGAGAGCGGCGACACCAAGGUAUUUGUCACGCAGCUGGACGGCCACCUGUACGUGGUGAAGUCCCUCGUCCUGAGAGCGCCGCCCAAGGGCAACAUCUGGCUCAGCAGCAACCUGCCCUGGAUAAGCGAGCUGGUCAAGAGGGAAAUCGCGGUGCACAGGCGCGUCCGUAGCCCCUACAUCCCCGCCUUGCUGGCGGUAUCAAAGGGCAAGAGGCAUACCGACCUGGUGUACGAGUAUGGCGGCGCUGACAUCACCUACUUUAUCAGCGCGGACGGCAGCUGGAGGGGUAGGGAGCGCAACCUCGAGCUGUCCAAGGCCGCCACCAGGGCGAUGCUGGACGUGCUGGCCGCCUGCGAAAAGGAGGGCCGCUGCCACACCAACCUGAAUCCCCAGAAGCUGCUGAUCGCAAAGCCCCCACCGCCGGCCACGCGCUGGUGCCGGCCAGAGCCGCUGCACGUCAGUGUGACCGGCGUCGCAGCCGCGCUGCCCUUCGGCCACGUGUGCAACCCCUGCUUUGAGACUCUGCCGCCAGAGGCGUGGGCGGCCGGCCUGCAGCCUGAUGGCCGCACAUUUGACGCGCGGUGCGCGGCGGCCGCCACGGGCCCCGCGUUUCACGUGUAUUCGAUGGGUGUGACGGCCGCGGCGCUGGCACUGGGCCGCAAUCCCCUCGUGCCCACGCGCGGCGAGGUGGAGGCGGAGGCGGCGGCCGCGGCGGCCGCGGCGGCAGGCGACGGCGAGCCCAUGCCUGCGACGGCCGACGGCGAUUGCCUGGGGAUCCGCGAGCUGAUGGUUUUCGAGAGGGCUCUGCACGGCCUGCUCGCACCCUUUGGCGGUGGGAAGCUGCGCCUGCAAGAGCUGCCGCUGCGGCGGUGGCAGGAGCGCCCCCGACUUUACUGGCAAUGA